AUGGCAAGACAAAAAGAAAUGGCGGACUUGAAGCGGGAACGAGAACUAGCUCGAAUGGAGCAGGAAAUGAUGGAGAGACUUAAAGUAGAGGAGCUCAUGUUUCAGCAGCAACAACUGGAGUUGGAAAUGCAAGAAAAAGAGAGACAGAGACUAGAAGAAUUACAGAGAGCUCAAGAACAUUUAGAGAAGGGUACAGCAGCAGACUCAGGCAAGACACUCGCUGAAAUCAGUGACCGAUAUGGGGCACCCAACCUGAGCAGAGUGGAAGAAGUUGACGAAACAGUGCUAUCUGAUGUAAAUAUAGAGAAAGAUAUUUUGAGUGAAGUGGAUGAAUAUUUGGGAUUGUAG